AAGAAAUAUGGCUAUUGGUAGCAGUUCACGGUAGCACGAAUUCUCAAACUGCUACCAAAAAUGGUGUAAUCCGAUACCCAUCUUUUUCACAGCGUUAGUUCCUCGCUAGCGAUAAAUUUAAUACAGGAAAAAAAUUAAUAAAAAAUACAGUAAAGUGUUGUCGCGAUGCAAAAGACUUGGGUUUAGUUUUAACCUUUUCCGCCUCUCCUUCACUCUUCACAUAGAAACCAUCGAAGAAAAAAAAUGAUUGGGAAGCCCAAUCUCUCCGAUUUUUGAUCGAUCUUCGUGUCUGAACGGUGUUGUUUUCGCCGGCGGUCAGAUUCCCGGUGAACCCAUAUUCGAUUUUGUCUGUAAUUCCUUUGAUUUAUCUGAUUUCUCAGAUGAAUUCCUUUGAUUUGUUUCAGCUUUUACAAUUUCGAUUUCACCGAAGAUUAGGAGGAGAUAAGUCAGGUUACAGAAUCACGAGAAGUCAGGUGGUAAUCAAUUCCGUUUUGCAUUUGAUAUCGUCAUGGGCGAACACGAUUGUUCCUUUCUCGACUGAAGCUUUGAGUGUUCCUUUCUCUUCUCUUUUGCUUUGCAGGUUUUAGGUUUUCAUUGUUCCUUUCUCGAGUGAAGCUAGUGGAGUUGAAAUCCGAAGGAUCUUAUUGAUCAGGUGAUUCUUUUUCAGCCAAAUAGAAGUCGUUUCUUGUUGAUCUUUUUGAAUGACUGAGUUAUAGUAUCUGAUUGAAUCGUUGAUUGUUUAUGUGUUCCUCUGUGAAUGUCAUUGUGUCUGUUUGGUGUAUGUUUGACAUAAUCUUAUGGCUUUGUUUGAUUUUGUUGGUCUAUCGGUUAGAAACUUAGAACAUAAAAUGGUCGAAAAGUCAUGGGUUCAUCUAAACAGGUAAGGAAAAACAAUAUAUAUUAUAGGAACUGAAUUUUUGUGUGUGAUUAAGAGUGUUGAAAUUAUGCUUUCAUGUGUCUAAACCGAAGAGCUGAUCCUGGUUAUGAGAGUGGUGCGUGGGAAUUUGUGAGGUGUGUUGGUGCAGAUUUGCGAGAGUCUGAGUUGAUCAUUUGCCCAUGUAUUGAUUGUCGCAACGUAGCUCGUCACUCAGCCAGUGUUAUUGUGGAUCAUCUAGUAACAAGAGGAAUGGAUUUGAGUUACAAGAUGAGGGAGGAUUGGUAUCACCAUGGAGAAGUAAUGUCAGGGACUGACAGUAGAAGCAAUGGAAGUGAGAAGAGGAAUGAGAUUUUAGGGUUAUACCAAGCAGCUGCCUUUGAUGAUGAAGAGUUUCUUAGGCAUGGUGACUUAAGUGAGGUUGCUGAAGGUGAAGAUAAGGCAGAAGAUGAGUUUCUUGCUAAGCUAGCCGAUGCAGAAACACCUCUGUAUCCAAGUUGUGCUAACCACAGCAAGCUCUCUGCAAUUGUUUCACUCUUUAGGAUAAAGACACAGAGUGGUUGGUCUGAUAGAAGCUUCGAUCUGCUGCUUGAGACUUUGCCACAGAUGCUACCCGAGGAUAAUGUCUUGCACACGUCCUUGUACGAAGUGAAGAGGUUUUUGAGAUCUUUUGAUAUGGGUUAUGAGAAGAUACACGCCUGUGUGAAUGACUGCUGUCUAUUCAGAAAGGAGUUUGAGAAGCUAGACAAAUGUCCGAAAUGCAAUGCUUCAAGAUGGAAGAUUAACUUGCGCACAGGUGAUGUGAAGAAAGGUAUUCCACAGAAAGUUCUAAGGUAUUUUCCCAUAAUCCCACGGCUGAAGAGGAUGUUCAGGUCAGAGGACAUGUCAAAGGACUUGAGGUGGCAUUUUACUAAUAAGAGCACUGAUGGAAAAAGCAGACAUCCGGUUGAUUCUGUUACUUGGAAUCAAAUGAAUAACAGAUACCCUUCAUUUGCCGCUGAAGAAAGAAAUCUUCGGCUUGGGCUGUCCACAGAUGGGUUCAAUCCUUUCAAUAUGAAGAAUGUGAACUACAGCUGUUGGCCUGUUUUGCUUGUCAUUUACAACAUGUCACCUGAAAAGUGUAUGAAGGAGGAGAACAUCAUGUUGUCGUUGCUGAUUCCUGGUCCAAGCCAACCUGGUAACAAUAUUGAUGUGUACUUAGAACCGCUUAUAGAGGAUCUAAACCACCUGUGGGAAAAAGGAGAGUCAACGUAUGAUGCAGUCAACCACACCACUUUCACAUUAAGAGCUAUGCUUCUCUGGACUAUUCAGGAUUUUCCAGCAUAUGGGAAUCUUGCAGGCUGCAAAGUAAAGGGAAAAAUGGGUUGUCCUGUGUGUGGAAAAAACACAGACAGUAUGUGGUUGAGUAACUGCAGGAAGCACGUUUAUAUGUCCCAUCGGAAAGGUCUUCCUCCCACACAUCCUUAUAGAGGAAAGAAAGCAUGGUUUGAUGGGAAAGCAGAGCAUGGGAAAAAGGGUAGAAUUCUGAGUGGUCAUAACAUAAGCCAUAUACUUAGAAAUUACAAGAAUGAUUUUGGAAAUGUGAAAGUAAUUGGUAGAAAUUGCCGAUUCAACGAAAACAAAUCCAAAGAACGAUAUGCUAUCUCAGAUACUGGGACCUGAUCAACCUGGACGGUUGCGAGCGAUGGGCAGAGGCAUUAGCAUGACCAAAUUGAAUUGUUUACAGGUUAAGGACAACUAUAUCGCUGCAAUGGAACAAAAACAGGUCUCUCUGCAGGAACAGGUUAAUGAUUUACAGAAGGCUCUUCGCCGAAUGAAUAAUCAGGGUCCUGCAACUGAUGUCAGUGAAAACUCCUAUAACAAGAGUGUAAAUAAUACCAGAUCACUUCCCAAGUGUUAUCUGGUUGACUGGGCUUCUGUCGAUGAGAAAGUUGCUGAGGGACAGGUCGUUUCAGCUGAAGCUGAUGAGUUAGUUAAUGGGGUUCCUUUAGGGCCUCACGCUGUGAAGGUUUUGGUUGAAACUGCAAUAAAACCAGACACUUUUUUAUGGCGACCUGCACAUAAUAUGUUUACUAUGGAGGAUGCAGUUGGCGAAAUGAUUGCAUGGCAUUCUGAUCACUGUAUUGUUGCAACAGCAGGUCUCAUUCCAGAAGACAAUGCUCCUACAGUUAAGUUUCUUCUCUCUCUGUUCCUAAGUAUGAUUUUCCUCUAUACCUGAGUAUGAUUCUGAGUCAUUUUUGUUCGAUGUCUUUGUUGUGUUUGGCAGAGCCCUUUCACAAGUUCAGUUAACAAAUGCAAGCUCAUGGACUAUAUACAGAAGGAGGAAGUGGUUGCUUUAGGCCGAUGGCAGACUAAAGAACCAAAAUCAUUGGUGAAUGGACUUCCUCUUGGUCCUAAUGCAGUAAAAGUGUUUGUCGAUGAGGUACUAAACCCAACGGCAUUCAUAUGGAGGCCUACUGUAGGAAAGACAAAUAUGGAGGAUUUUCUGAACUGUUAUGUAGCAUGGCCUGCAAAUUGCGUUGUGUUUGAGCCGGAUAUAACAGAUUCUCCACGUCGUCAACAAUCAGAUUCUAAAGCAGUGAGUUCAUCUUCUAAGAAUCAGAAGUCUCCAUUAACUCCACCAGCUCCUAAGAAACCAUUUACUCCUGCAUCUCCUCUUCGCAGAUCUGAGCGUAACAAAUUCAAGCCAAAUCAAAAAAUCCAGCUGCUGGAUCUGUCUGGAAACAAGGUGAUCGUCGCUGAAGGACGUUGGUCUUCGAGUAAUCCUGAGCAUCUUGUCCACUUUCAGCCUUUGGGGCUUGGUGCUUGUAGAGUCUUUGUGGAUGUUGUGAAGGUGAAAGAUGCAUCUGUGUGGAGGACUUCAUCUGAGAUUGAGUAUAUGGAAGAUGCACUUGGAAGCACUCUUGCUUGGCCAGAGGAUAAAAUUAUAACGGUUUGACAAAAGAGCAGAAGGAACCAGGCAACUAUUUAAGUUCUUGUUGACAUAAAUGACUUGGUGUUUGCUGUUUCAGAACAUGGCUUUUGUUUUUCAAUUACUCGGUGUUUCUCUUUUUUUCAUGUGUCGGAUGGAUUGAAAUGUUUGUAUGGUUUGAAUGAUUUACUUAAGUUAAGACUUUAUGUUAUUGUGUUUGAUCCA